AUGUUGAUGAUUGGAGACCAGUGCGCAGACUCUUCACCCGCAAUAAAAGCGAAAAUGGAGGAACUUAGGCCUCUGAUACCAGUGUUGGAAGAGUACAAAGCCGAUGCCAAAUUGGUAUUGCAGUUUAAGGAGGAGGUCCAGAAUCUGACGUCAGUUCUAAACGAACUUCAGGAGGAGAUUGGCGCCUAUGACUACGAGGAGCUUCAGAGCAGAGUCUCAAAUCUUGAAGAGAGGCUUCGUGCAUGCAUGCAAAAAUUAGCUUGCGGGAAGCUGACGGGCAUCAGUGAGCCGGUCACCAUCAAGGCAUCUGGAUCCCGGUUCGGCUCGUGGAUGACGGAUCCUCUGGCCCCAGAAGGAGAUAACAGGGUCUGGUACAUGGACGGCUACCACAAUAACCGAUUUGUGCGGGAGUACAAGUCUAUGGAGGACUUCAUGAACAGCGACAACUUUACCUCUCACCGCCUCCCCCACCCUUGGUCUGGGACUGGCCAGGUUGUAUAUAAUGGAUCCAUAUAUUUCAAUAAAUUCCAAAGUCACAUCAUCAUCAGAUUUGACUUGAAGUCAGAGACAAUCCUGAAGACGCGCAGCUUGGACUCUGCUGGAUACACCAACGUCUACCACUACGCCUGGGGGGGUCAGUCCGACAUAGACAUUAUGGUGGACGAGAAUGGAUUGUGGGUGGUUUAUGCCACCAACCAGAACGCUGGGAACAUUGUGAUCAGCAAACUGGACCCCAACACCCUCCAGAUACUGAAGACCUGGAAUACAGGUUACCCCAAAAGAAGCGCCGGGGAGGCCUUCAUGAUCUGCGGGACACUCUACGUCACCAAUGGAUACUCCGGAGGAACCAAAGUGCACUAUGCCUACCAGACCAACACAUCCAACUACGAGUACAUCGACAUCCCCUUCCAGAACAGGUACUCCCACAUCUCCAUGCUGGACUACAACCCCAAGGAUCGCGCCCUGUAUGCCUGGAACAACGGGCACCAGGUCCUCUACAACGUCACCCUGUUCCAUGUCAUCAGGUCUGACGAGUUGUAGCCAAAAAUCAGUUGCCUGCGAACAAACUGACCAAAAAGAGAAAAAAUACAACAAAAAAAGAAAAGAACUCAAGACGUAGGAUACAAAAUGGCUGCCAAAAUGUAACACCACUGUCCUUCUGAACGUUCCGACUGGAUUGAAUGAUUCCCUCGAAACGUCAAACUGCCCCCCAAAAAUCUCCGGGAACUUUACAAUUCAAUAGCGCCUAAAAAUCUCCGCUAAAACUGCUGCACUUACAAAGAGAAACCUUCAAUACAAGGCAGUGACUGUUUGUACAAUGGACAAUACCCGACAGACGUUGUAGGGUUAAAGCCGUUACUAUUAGGAGAAGGAGGAGAGACAAUGUUCGGGGGCGGAGCCAGUGCCGCCGCCGUCGUGAAGAACGCAGGAUUUAUGGCUACUUUGUUUUUUUUCCCCUAGAUUGAGAGAAAGCUGAGUAAAUGGUGAAGAGCUCUGGAUAUAUAUCAGAAGGGGCCGCGGCCCCAAGUAUUCGUAGUAGAGAAGCGCUCUCCUAAUCGCAGUGGAUUGCGGUCUGUAUUGCGGCGAUAGAUUGUCCAUAUUGUUAAAUCUUAUGUAUCAGAAUCUUCUCAUGUAUAAUGUCUGUCGUUCUCUGAAGUAUUCCGCUGUAUUUGUCUGUUCACGCGAUGAAUGUCGUUCAGUUUGAAGUAGUUUGGAUUUAUUAAGAGCAAAAUGACUUUUCUGUUCUGUAAAAACUAUAAAAAAGAAGAGAAACUAUUUAUGACAUAUAAUAUAUACGUAUGAGUGAGCGUACAAGAUGGCGACCCUGCACGCGGGAUCGCGAGGAGUGUCUAUAGGGGGAAGGGGAUCGGGUAGAGGGUUAAGACCUAGAUCCUUCAUCCACCCCUAGGACAUGUAGGGGAGAGAAUAGGGGUCUAGAUCC